ACCACUCGCCUGCUGCUGCUCUGUUCGGCCUCUCCCCCCUCCGUUGCCAAGACUCCUCUCUGGUUCUAAUGGUUUUGCUGGAGUCCUUCUGCGCCGCCGCUUUCACCGCAGGCUCUGCGGCGUGCCUCGUGGUGCUGCUGCUGCCCCCCACCAGGCAGCAGGCCCUGGCCACGAACCCGAACAACCAUAACCUGGCCUUUCUGGUGAGCUUGCUCCUAACCUGCCUGCUGUCAUCGUUCGCCCUGCUGAGCGUGAAGGGGACGCACGCGUGCUGGCGCCCUUCCUCUGCGUCGUCGCCGCGGAAGGCCAAGGCGGCGGCGGCGGCCGCGCCGGCAGCAACAAUAGGGGGCACUACGGGGCGUGACGCACCAGCCGGAAAUGGCGGGGACACUUGCCCGACGCCAACAACACAACCGCGAUCCUGCGACGAUGAUUCUGCGGCGAUGACAUCGGGGAGUAGCGACGACGACGAACUCCCGCCGGAGGACUUCCCGCUAGAACGCCGGUCGAGCUUUGUGGAGGUUGCGCUGCGGAUCCACGGCUGAAACAGCGGGAAUGCCGCGUCAACAUGGAGCUGGGAGGCGGGGAUGUGCUACUACUGUACUGUCCGAUUCGGUGCGUCGUUCGUGCUGAAACUUCCCGUCUCGGGUGCAAGCAAGAGGGGCCCCUUAAAACACAUGGCUGUGAAAAAUGCCGGUCUGUGGGGGGAGGCGGGGUCAGCCGUUGCAGUGUUGUAAAUGGUGCAGAGUAUCGUGUACAGGGACGGGGUUGGAGAAGGCGUGGGGGGGGGGCAUGGUUCCGGCGUUCGGAAAUGCUUCCGGUUUUUGAGGGGUUGGGCGUAGGAGAUGGACUUGUAUGACGGGGGGGGCUGUCCCUGUUCUUGAUAGGGUCUCGCUUGUCUGUUUCGCGUUGAGUCCGCCGUUGCGUCGAGAUUCCGUAGUCGUCAUGUGUGUGCGUUUGUGGGCCCGGGGUGGUUGCGACCGGUGUGUUUUUGUUCAAUAUAGAUGCACACCAUGUGAUGCUGGACGUUUGAGUGGUUGUCGACACCUGUCUGCCAGUGGGGCAAUGAUACUGUUUCCCGUCGAGAUGGCACGAAUGCACUCGUCUUGGCGGCUACAUGUAUGUUUCGCAUGUAUGGGCCGGUGUGCAUUCCCUUUUUUAUCGAUUGCUACAAGCUGACGUCAAUUUUAGUAUGAUAAAAAUAACUAUAUUCCACAAGUAUUAGUCUUGUGUGUGCGUCUCUUCGUUCAUUUUUCCCUUCCCAACGACUGCCGUUGUAGGCGAUCGAAUUGCCCGGUGUGUCAGAACACGUGGGAGAUGCUGUUUUGAUCGAAAACGUUGCUUCCAAUUUGACUGCUGCCGAGUCUGACGGCGGUGCGCUGCGAGCUGCGUUGGAAAGCGUGCGUGUGUUUUGCAGCCUUUCUGUCUAUCGUCUGUUGGGCUUUAGUCUGAGGUGCAUCGCUUUUUACCGGAAAUCAUUAUUGUUAUUGUCUUAAUUGCGGGUUGGGUCGUUGGUGUCUGGCAGUUCUCACGCGUCAUCACGCACGGCUCUCUGAUUCGCUGGCGAGCUUUUUAGCACGUGCCGCCCGACGCGAGCGGUAACGUGAGCGGGUAGUUUUGACGGCUGCGGAGCAGCUAGCUGUGAUUGGUUGUGUGAAUGGAGACAAACAACGUUACAGAGAGCCUUGGCUCCGUGUCUCAUGCGGCUGCCUUGGUCCGUGUUUGCAUGAAGACUUCUCUUGUAAAAAAACUCUGCAUAAGCCGUGCUUAUUUUCGCAUCUGCUGUACGGAGAUUCAUUGGUUGGUUAGCAUCAGUUGCGUUUCCAGCUGUAACGCAACCGCUACUGAAAUAUACCGAGUACGUGUGCUUAAGGCUCAAGCGG